GAAAUUAUCUCAUUCUUCUACUCGACUCUGUCUCACCUUAUCCGCAACCCGCAAAACCUCGCUCCCCCCUCACGCACGCUCGCUUCAAUGGCUGCCCUGCCGACCGCCGCCGCCGCCGGGCGCGUAGCGGGCAGCGCCUUCACGUUCCCCGCCAAGCCGUCCUUAUCCUCCUUCUCAGCCGCGUCUCUCCCCCGCGCCGCAGCCGCGGCGGCGGUCUAUUCAGCGAUCGCCCUCGCACCGGCGGGGAGCCUCCAGCGUCGGCGGAGGCCGACGGCGGCCGGCGCAGCGCCCGGGAGCGAGCAGAGGGAGACGAUACUGCUCCCCGGGUGUGACUACAACCACUGGCUGAUCGUCAUGGAGUUCCCCAAGGACCCCGCGCCCACACGCGAGCAGAUGAUCGACACCUACCUCAACACCCUCGCCACCGUCCUCGGCAGCAUGGAGGAAGCCAAGAAGAACAUGUAUGCCUUCAGCACAACCACUUACACUGGGUUCCAGUGCACUGUCGAUGAAGAAACAUCAGAGAAGUUCAAGGGUUUGCCUGGUGUCCUGUGGGUGCUCCCCGAUUCCUACAUCGAUGUGAAAAACAAAGACUAUGGAGGUGAUAAAUACAUAAAUGGUGAGAUUAUUCCAUGCACAUACCCAACCUAUCAACCAAAGGAGCGGAGGACCUCAAAGUAUGAAAGCAGACGGUAUGAAAGGCGAAGAGAUGGCCCUCCUGCCAGCAGGAAAUCGAAACAACAGGCCACUCAGCCUGAGUCAGCGUCUUCAUGAGUUUUGCAGGCGUUUACUCGCAUACUGAGACAACAGAGAGUGCUCAAUUCUAUCAUCUGGCUCCGCCACCAUGUAUUGGGAGAGCUUCUAGGCACACAAUUUCAUCCAAAGCCCAAAAUAUGAUGUAGCGCUUGAGCGAGCGACCUGCGCAGCUGGAUUUGGGGUUUUGGACCACGAGGAUAUCUUGAGUGGACUUGGCAUCUAAAUCUAAAUGUAACAAUAGACUGAAAUCCUGGUCCAUCAAAAAUGUUAUUCUUCAAGUAUCUCGUGAUAUUUUCUGUAAUGUUUAGUGGUAUCCUUGAUCGUGAGAGUUCAUUCACUUUGAGCUUGAUUGAACUGAAGUUAGCUUUUAGUCAUGAUAACGAUAGUCAGAUUGUGCUUGGAAUUUAGGAUGUUGAGUGGAGUGUGAUUGAAAGUCCUUGUUAUGUGGAAUGCGAUGAAUGUGUGCACUUGUCAUUGUA